UGGUUUUAAUUUGUACGCAUGUUCUUCUGUUUGGCUCUCUUUUAUAUUUUUAAGUGACUCUCUAACUUCACUUUUAGAAAGAACAAAAAAAUGGCUAAAUCCCAUGAAAGUGAGCACCCAAUUAAAGCAUCUGGAUGGGCUGCUAGAGAUACAUCUGGUGUUCUUUCUCCUUUCAACUUCUCACGAAGGGCUACUGGAGAGAAUGAUGUGCAGUUCAAAGUGUUGUAUUGUGGAAUUUGUCACUCAGAUCUUCAUAUGCUCAAGAAUGAGUGGGGCAAUGCCAAGUAUCCUAUUGUGCCCGGGCAUGAGAUCGUGGGCGUGGUAACUGAGGUUGGUAACAAGGUCGACAAAGUGAAGGUCGGGGACAAAGUAGGUGUUGGAGUACUCGUGGGAUCGUGUCGAAAAUGUGAGAGUUGUACCAAUGACCUCGAACAAUAUUGUCCUAGCCACAUUGGCACAUAUAGUACAACUUACUAUGACGGAACCACCACAUACGGAGGCUACUCCGAUCUCAUGGUCGCUGACGAGCAUUUCGUGGUCCUUUGGCCGGAGAAUUUACCAAUGGAAGCUGCCCCUUUGUUGUGUGCUGGAAUAACAACUUAUAGUCCAUUGAAAUAUUUUGGGCUUGACAAGCCUGGAUUGAACAUUGGUGUUGUUGGCCUUGGUGGACUUGGUCAUAUGGCUGUGAAAUUUGCAAAAGCUUUUGGAUGCAAUGUGACUGUGAUUAGUACUUCUAUUAAUAAGAAGGAUGAAGCUAUUGAACGUCUUGGUGCUGAUUCAUUCUUCCUCAGUCGUGAUCCUGAACAAAUGCAGGCUGCAACAAGCACAUUGGAUGGAAUUAUAGACACUGUUUCAGCACAACAUCCUAUUUUCCCAUUACUCAAUAUACUAAAGCCUCAUGGAAAGCUUGUAAUGGUUGGUGCACCGCCAAAGCCACUUGAAUUACCAGUUUUCCCCUUGCUUCUGGGGAGGAAAAUUGUGGGAGGAAGUAUAAUUGGAGGAAUGAAAGAGACCCAAGAAAUGCUUGAGUUUGCAGCAAAACAUAAUAUUACACCUGAAGUUGAAGUUGUUUCAAUGGAUUAUGUGAAUACUGCUAUUGAACGUCUAUUGAAAUCGGAUGUCAAGUAUCGAUUCGUGCUCGAUGUUGGGAAAACGAUGAAAGCUGAUUAAGCGUGCGAGCAAAUUGGUUUGAGCACUAUCAUUAUGAAUAAAAUAAAUGAGCAUUUUGCUCUGGUUAUGGAA